CACUGACAACUACCAGCGCACCGUACACACAGCGCUCCCAGGGCACAUAAUGUUAUGACAGUGCUUUGGAGGUUGUGUUCAUCCGUAUAUAGAUAUUAUGGUACUUGGUGUAGCAUGUAUGUAGGGAUUUCUGUAGCGAGCUACAGUACUGAGAUAGAUACAUUAGUAGGACUAUGAAUAUAGAUAAUGUUUUGUUGAUGGUUAUUGAAUUUUUCUGAACCACUUUGGUAUGGAAUUUUGACGACGCGAAUAUACCGUUAGACAAGAGACAGAUAGUGCUAGGUGUGGCAACAUAUAGUCUUAACCAUUCGCUGUCAUCAUAUCAUCAACAUAAUUGGGCAUCAGUCUUCUACAACAUCAUCAUCAAUUCGUCAUCAUCGUCAACCACAUCUAAAUCAUCUGUAUCGUAUCGCCUCUGUGUUUUGUAUGUGAAUGUCCACGAUACAUUCCGGAUAGCUGGAAGUUAUGGGCAACGGGCCGUCUGACCACAAUACGACAAUCUCUGAAGUCCAGUUAUGGCGAGUCAGCGAGAAGGUGAUGCCUGGUUUGCAGGACAGACUCGGCGAGAUCCUUGGUCUCAACGUCCAAGAGGUCUCUGACAUCCGUCACUCUUCAGAGCUCUCGUCUUCUCGGGAGACCACUCUGAAGAUCCUCAUCCAAUGGCAAGCCAAGCAGGAGAACAGAAACACAGCGGACACACUGAGCAAGGUUGUGAAGAAGCUGGACAUCUGGGAGAAGGGGCUCAUCAAUCCAGCCGAUAGUGAUCAUCUGAAAUACAUCGUGACGUCAAAGAAGGAGGUCCCAGGUUUGUCCGAAAUGCAGAUCCAAUGCUUGGCCAACCGUAUCCCCACAGAGAAAUACGUGCCGGUUGGUCUCAACCUCGGUCUGCCUUACCGCGAUGUCGCGGCUAUGUGGACCGCGGCGGGCUGUCACGUCCGAGGAGCGGCUUUUCAAAUGUUAACCACGUGGGUACGCGGGCUCGAACCCAACGUCAAACAAGCAGAUACUUUGGUCAAAGUCUUGGAAGCAACGCAGCAGAUGAAGCUAGCCGAUGAAGUCCGGAAAGGAAUCGGGUUGAAGGUCAAUCUCUACGAGUCGAGGAAAGUUCAUCUCAGAGCUGAAAAACUGAACAAAUACCUUGGGCUUGAUGAGGCGGGUAAUCUCGGCUUGUUGCCGGAGAGUGAUGACAAGACUGAACAAGACAGAUAUCUGGUAGACCUAAGUAUCUUCAACACGAGUAAGAUGGAUAAAAGCAAUUACGGCUUGCCAGUUUUGAUCUCAUUUUCAUCCCAAUGCCUGACAGUCAAUGCAAGUGGCAAAAUUAGUUUCCAGCCACUAGACAGCAAGUUUAGACAAGUAAGUCAAGCCGAUGAAAGAUUCUUCUACUACCAGACGGAAGAUGACGUGCUCUCCACACUCAGAAGCUGUGUUUUCGCAAAAUACCUAUGCGUGGAUUCUUCAGAUCAACCUUUUAUGGGGGAUGAGGGCGAGAGCGCCGUCAAGUUCGAGGAGAUGGCACCUUUAUACAAGAAACGCUGACGUCAAGAAACGCCAACAUCCAAAUGCCUUUAAAGGAAACGUAUAAACAUAUAUGGUUGGUGUAGCCAAAGAAAUAGCAUGUACUAUUUCCUUUUUACAGGCUGUAUACAGUGACGCCAUAAUGACUGUCAAACCUGAAUGAGUGUGACGCAAUAAACGUAAGAGCGUCUGGAUCGAGUUUUUUUUUAAUCAAGUAUUCAAGGAACGUUUGACACAGAUAUUUGAAAGUUUCACGUACUCACAUCGAGCUUGCGUCGUCCAAUGCACACAAUGUUAUAAGUGUGCCAUUAAAAGUGUACUAUUGUAUAUUGGCGCAGCUCAACUGUUGGCAAUUAUUUGUUCAGAAGAUGGCUAUAAUGGAAGCGGAUAUCCUUCGUUUGAUGCUUGGCGAGGCUUGGCUUCAUCUGUAAUUAUCGUUUCAUGGGAGGAGUUAUUUCUAUUGCUUCAUUGCCUUGGAGAAUGUGGCCACAAUUCAAAGCAAUGUUAAAAGCAAUGUUAACACAGUUUCUUAUGCAUUUUUUUUGUUGCUCUAUACAAACUCAUGUGACGCGUCAACCAACCGCGCAUUGCAUGUGUAUCAAAGGCGCAGUUGCCGAUGUAGGACUUCGUUGGUGACUGAUGCGGUUCAUGACGCUAUUGUGAGAGUGUGCUACAUGAUACAUCAUUUUUUGGUGUAGGAUUUGGCGUAGGACUGCGUCAGCUACUGGCGCGUACUUCAACAUGGCAUGUGAGAGUGGCAUCGUACCCAAAAAUGUAUUGUAAAUGAACAGUCCUUUGAAUGACCGGCUCCUGUACAAAUUGACUCCAUAUGCUUGAUAAGCGCUAGGUAAGGUUAUAGCGCAAUCGAAAUGAGGUCUCAUGUGCUAAGGGUAGAAACACAUUUCCACCUAUAAUAAAGUUUAGCCGCCCUGUUGCCCAGGGAAACCGAAUGAUGAGAUCAUUCCGGAAUCAAGGGGCAUAAUGCCAACUGCGAACGAGGUGUCAUUUCAAUUGCGUUAUGACCUACUGUAGUUAAGCCUGUGAAAGGGGACAAAAUAUUCCAUCCGCAAGUCAUAGAACGAGUUGUUUCCAUUCACUUUAUGUGUAAUACCACGUCAGAAAAUAGUGCGUCAAGGCUGCGCUACUCGCUGACGCGUCCAAUUCUUUGUCAACAACAUGACUUGUUUGACAGGCAAGACGCAAUCCUCUGCGUCAAACAUAAAAAGCAGACUUCCGCAUCCAAUACCAUAAGCCAGUCAUUAAAGGUGAAGGAACUGAACAUGAGUCAAAACUCAUGUUUGUAUAUUCACUCAAACGUGCGUUUACAAGAGGUUUAAAUACUCAGGCACUGCCUGCAAUUAUUAAGGUACUGCCAUUUUGUGCGAACAGUCUUUUCGAUACGUGUAUUAUUAUGUAAAUUAAUAUAUUUAUAUUUCAUCUGCACUAAUAAGAUGUACAUGGCUAUCAUGACAACAAAAACAAUGACAUGUUGACUUUCGGACAAUCUUCAUGAACUAUUUUCAUAAAUGAAAUGUUUCAUUUUUUAAAUGAUUCUUAUAUUGAGAACCAUAUCAUAUUCCUGUGGUGAAAAUGACAAUCUUCUCUUUCAACAUUCAUACUUUUCUCUUGUUGCUCUUUGUAUUUGUUUUGUUUUGUUUUUACAUGAGGCUGUUAUAAAGGAAACUUUUCUCCUGACCUACCUCCAACGUCUCCCUUCUCUGUAAAAGGUAUUUUUAUUGAGUCUCGAAUCUAAGGGUCUGCAAACCCCACAGUCGUGAAAGUAGAGCCAGCAAAUUUGAAGUAGUCUACAUAUCCAAGACUUGAUCAAACACUGCAUCGUUGAGAGAGGAAAAUACACUUCAGUUUAACACGUUGAACCAUUUGUUAAAAUAUUUUCUGGCAUUUUCUUCAUGGUGUCUUUUUCAUCUUAUCGUAAGAUGGUUUUUAAUCAAUUUAUUAAUGUAUGCAAAAAUAUAUAUUUCAAACGUGAAUGCUGAGUGUUUUGUUGAGAUAUUACUCAUAUUUUUAGAAAUAUAGGGAUAGAUGCCAACAAUUAGAAUAUUUAUGUAUGAAUGAGGCAUGCCAGGAAACUGCUGAAUUAUGCCUUUUCCCCGUCUGGGCUAGGUGUAUAUAUAUAUAAAGAAGUAGAUUGUAGAAUACAAUGCCUUGCCGGGAGAUGAUAACAAUAUGAAUGAUUAGCCCAAGGGCCCCGGGUCCAUUAGGUGUGGCUGGCGGUAUUUCCCUGGAAUCCAUGACACCAGAGAUGUGUAUCAAUUUUAUUUCAUAUAAAUGUAUAUGUUUGUCAUGUUUGUAUACAUAUGUACGCAAUUUCAUACGUACAUUUUUUUUAUAUAACAUAAUUGCGAUGUUGGUAUAUUUUGCAGUUUAACAUAAUCUCUUCUUUCAUAAAUUGUUCUUAAAUCUCUCACUGUUGACCUUUGACCCUUUCUAGAUGGUUCUUCUACGUUUGUGAAAUCCAUGAACAAGUACUGAAAGAAAACUUGCUAUUGUCAGAUGUGCUGCAGACUGGAUAUUAAUGCCUUUAUCUUAAGAAGAGGCUGAUUCAAGUAGUUAUAAAAGAAAUUCCAUUUCUCAUGAUGGAAACAUUUAAGUUGUAGAAAACGUGAUAAGCGAUCCACAAUACAUGUAUAAUGGAAAUGUCAAAUAAAGCUACAUCAGAAGGACUUCCCCUUCACAUCUUUGCUUCCACCUAUGGCAGAUAUAAUUUGUUCAAAGAAAAAAUAAGACACCACUGUUUCUGCAAUGUAGCGACUGUUAGCAAGUCGUUCCCAUGUAAGACCAUUGACGAGGGGCACGGAGGCACGCACCCCGUCAAACUGGAGAAGAAAAAAAGCAAAUAGAGGAGGAGAAAAAGGGGUGUGAUAAAAAAGUGAUGGCCCCAUCAAUGAUCUUGGUAUUUCAUUCAUCAACCAAAUAAGACCGGUGCCCCUCCAAUGUCUGGUCCAAUGCUACGCCACCGAAGUUGGUAGAUAGAUAUAUCCUAAUGAAUAGUGAGAGUUCCAUCAUGAAAUGAUGGUUUUUGCGUUUAUAUCCACCCCUGUGCAGAGUAGGCUCGGAAUUUACAAUUUUGAAUGUUGUCAAUAAUCUUGGUUAAAAUGUACAUGUAUUUUCAUUGUCUAUGUUUCAUAUUCAAUAAAUUAAAUGUUUAUCAUUAUUAUUUUGAUACAAAAGUA